GUGUUUGAAUCACGUGGCAACGUGCUGAAACAUCUGCGCCGACUCUCUUUUCUCAGAGGUGAGCCAUCAGAGCAGACACGCGUUGCGUGGUGCUGCAAAAACCCUGCAAAAAAAUGGUUCUGAUGCACGUGUUGUUCGAGCACGCGGCGGGCUACGCGCUGUUCGCCGUCAGGGAGGUGGAGGAGGUCGGCCUGCUGCUGCCGCAGGUGGAGGAGAGCGUCUUGAGUCUGGGGAAGUUCAACAACAUGGUGAACCUGGCCGCCUUCUUCCCCUUCAAGUCGGCCCAGGCCGCGCUGGAGAACAUGAACGCCAUCUCUGAAGGUGUUGUUCACGCAGAUCUGAAGUUGUUCCUGGAGACAAACCUUCCUCUCUCUGGGAAGAAGAAAGCCGUUCUGGGUGUUUCUGAUGCCAAGAUUGGAGCUGCUCUUCAGGAAGAGUUCACUGUUUCUAUACAGACCGGCGGUGCGGUGGCAGAGAUAACCAGAGGUGUGCGUCUGCACUUCCACUCCCUGGUGAAGGGUCUGACGGGGCUGGCCGCCUCCAAGGCCCAGCUGGGUCUGGGCCACAGCUACUCCAGAGCCAAAGUCAAGUUUAACGUCAACCGGGCCGACAACAUGAUCAUACAGUCCAUCGCGCUGUUGGAUCAGCUCGACAAGGACAUCAACACCUUCUCCAUGCGCGUCCGUGAAUGGUACGGCUACCACUUCCCAGAGCUGAUCAAGAUCGUGUCGGAGAACUCCAUGUACUGCCGCCUGGCUCAGCUCAUCGGCAACAGGAAGGAGCUCUCGGAGGAGAGUCUGGAGAGCCUGGAGGAGGUGGUGAUGGACAGCGCCAAGGCCCAGGCCAUCCUGGACGCAUCGCGCUCCUCCAUGGGUAUGGACAUCUCUCCCAUCGACCUGAUCAACAUAGAGAGGUUCUCAAACCGCGUGGUGUCCCUGGCCGCCUACAGGCUGGAGCUGCAGGAGUACCUGCGGUCUAAGAUGAGUCAGGUGGCGCCCAACCUGGCCGCCCUCAUCGGAGAAGUGGUGGGAGCCCGGCUGAUCUCGCACGCCGGCAGCCUGACCAACCUGGCCAAGUACCCGGCGUCCACCGUUCAGAUCCUGGGAGCAGAAAAGGCCCUGUUCAGAGCUCUGAAGACCCGAGGCAACACGCCCAAAUACGGCCUCAUCUUCCACUCCACCUUCAUCGGCCGCGCCGCCGCCAAGAACAAGGGCCGCAUCUCCAGAUACCUGGCCAACAAGUGCACCAUCGCUUCACGCAUCGACUGCUUUUCUGAGGUCCCGACUAGCGUGUUUGGCGACAAGCUGCGUGAACAGGUGGAGGAGCGUCUGUCCUUCUACGAGACCGGAGAGGUUCCACGUAAAAAUGUGGAGGUCAUGAAGGAGGCCGUGAAGGAGGCCGGCGACGUAGCGGCUGACAUCAAACGCAAACUGGAGAAGAAGGAAAAGAAACGCAAGAAGCGUGAGAAGAAGCUGCAGGAACUCGGCGCAAACGGGGACACGAACGGCGACGCUGAGGUGGAGGAUGGAGAGGCAGACACGCCUGUAGCGAAGAAGAAAAAGAAGAAGCAAGCUGCAGAG